GUGGGUCGCUCCCGUCGUGGUUGUGCCCUUCCUGGGCUUCGUAAUGGCCUUUAAGGACUGCGGAUUGGAUAGACAGUGUGUGCCCUACGAGCAGUGCAAGGAGGGCUUGGUGCUGGACGGGAUACUCUACCCGGAUCGCAGCAGGACACAGCUGGACGAGGAGUGUCACUACAUGGAAAAGUGCUGCAAUCAAAAUGACACAGAUUCACAGCUGGACACCCCAGAAGUCCCAGUCAAUUUAAGCUUUUGGUCCUGCGGCGGGCGGCAGGAUCUCUGGUAUUACCUCCGGCCCCUGGGCUACAAGCAGCAGGAGGCCAGGUUCGGAGAGUUUCCGUGGACCGUGGCCGUCUUUGGAGCUGGAGGCUACCUGUGCAGUGGUGCCCUCAUCACGCCUCUAGCCAUGAUCACGACAGCGUCCUGUGUGCAGAACGAGACCCUCCCGAAUCUUCGCCUGGUGGCGGGAGAGUGGGACGCAGCCGUGGAACUGGAGCCCCUGCCCCGCCAAGAGCGAACGGUGGUUGAGGUGCUCCUCCAUGUCAACUACACAACCACUCCGAUCGUCAACAACAUUGCCCUGCUGCUGGUGGACAAGGACUCCCCCUUUCAGCUAAGCCCCAACAUUCAGUUGAUUUGCCUGCCGCCACCCCAGAUGGUCUACGACUUCAGUCAGUGCUAUGUGUCCGGAUGGCAGCGUCGCGACUUUGGAGCAUCGGCCAUCCUGCCCAAACGCUGGACACUCUACGCCCUGCCCAGCGAUCAGUGCCGAGCCAAGCUAAGGUUGAGCUACCUGGGCCGACGCCACGCCCUCAACGACAGCCUCCUGUGCGCCGGCGGGGACAAGGGCGACUUCAUCUGCCAGGACGUGGACAUGAGCGGAGUGCCGCUGAUGUGUCCACUACCUGGCGACGGAGAUCGGUUCGUGUUGGCGGGACUGCUGGCCAGGCCGACAAAGUGCGAUGGCCCCCAGCUGCUGGCCAUUUUCACAAACGUCCAGUUCUACCGGCAGUGGAUCGACCUGAGGCUGAGGGAACGCGAUCUCGACAUAAGGCCAUAUAUGGUGUAACCUGAACCUGAAAUUAUUUACCAGACAUCUAAGCCCUAAUGAAAGCCACUCCUAAAACCAA